AUGGAGGAGUGCAGGCCGGACGAGGGGAGGGGUAGAGAGGAAGUUUACUUACGACGUAUGGUAAGAAAAGCUCGACUAAUCUGGCCGGUGCCACCGUCGUUAGCGCUGCUUGCCGCUGCUUAUAUUUAUUACGAUUUGUACUGGAAACGACGAUUGCUUCCGCCUGGGCCAACACCUUGGCUGUUUUUUGGCAAUCUUUUUCACUUCAUGUUCUAUCGGUCCAUUGAUGAAAUGUUCCUCGCAUGGAAACAAAAAUACGGCAAAAUAAUAACGUUUUGGAUUGGACCAAUACCGCUGGUGAUGGUGGCGGAUGUGGAAAUGAUGCGCGAAUACUUCGUACAAAAUGCAGAUGUGUUCAGCAAUCGGUGGCGCAAUCAUGCAACCGACUGCUUCAUGGGAGGCGCAUAUGGCAUAAUCCAGAUUGACGGCAAUAAGUGGAAAGAGCAGCGGCGUUUCACGCUCCGCGUACUACGGGAUUUCGGCGUUGGUCGGGCACUCAUUGAGCAACGCAUCCUAACGGAAGUUGAUUACUUUGUCGACUACUUGCAAGCGAAGUGUGAGCAUGGAGAGGAGGUGGACAUUUGCGCUAUGCAUUCGGUCUGCGUCGGAAAUAUCAUCAAUUCAAUUCUUUUUGGCUAUCGCUUUCCACAGGUCAACAAAGGCAGUGCCGAGUUCCGCUUCCUGCAUUCGUUGCUGGAUACACAGUCUCGACUGGUCAUACAUCCCUUGAUGGGCCUGUACGUCGUCCUGCCGUCUUCCACACGUCUACCACUCAUUAACUACAAAUGGAAACAGCUCAUGAAGUUGCGCGACGAACUGUGGAAAUUCAUAUCCAAGCAAGUUCAGGUCAAUCAGGCGUUCCUCCCUUGCCAUAGUUUUGUUGUUGUUAUUGCUGUUUAUAAUGUUUGUUUCUGCAGGAGCACAUAAAG